AGCUGUGUAUUUACAUAUGACGUUUUUCAGAAAUACAAUUUUUGAAAAUGAUUCCCUACAAAGACGAGGAAAUCGUGCAAUUGAGAAACAUUUCAACAGAAUUAAAACAAAUUCCGAAAAUAGAAGUGAAACAAACUUAUCAUGACUUUUUCUUGAACUAUUUGCUCCCAAAUUAUCCUUGUAUCUUAUCAUCAGACUUCACUAAACACUGGCAAAGUAGAAAAGAAUGGUGCCUAGCAGAUGGAAGCCCAAAUUUCGAAUUUCUUCAAGCUAGAUUUGGAAAUGCAUGUGUACCUGUUGCCAAUUGUAGAAUGGAGAAAUAUGGUUCACAUCCAAAGUCUGAGAUGACAAUAAAUGACUUUAUGUUCUACUGGGAGAAGUAUAAAGAAAGGGGUUACCCUGAGGACAUGGAUUGCUUGUAUCUGAAAGAUUUUCAUUUUAACAGAGAGUUUCCAGACUACAAAGCCUAUGAAACUCCAGAAUAUUUUACCUCAGAUUGGAUGAAUGAAUACUGGGACAAGAGAAAUGAGAUUUGUGAUGAUUACAGAUUUGUUUACAUGGGACCUAAAGGUUCUUGGACACCAUUUCAUGCUGAUGUGUUCAGGUCUUUCAGUUGGUCCGCUAAUGUCUGUGGAAAGAAGAAGUGGAUCUUUUUCCCUCCAGGUGAAGAAGAAUGUUUGAAAGAUGUUCAUGGACAACUAGUUUUUGAUGUUAAUUCUGAGGAUUUGAAGAAUGCUAAGAAAUACCCCAAAUUUACUGAACUCAAAAACAGAAUAGAAGUGACACAGUUACCAGGGGAGGUAAUAUUUGUGCCAAGUGGUUGGCACCAUCAAGUUUUCAAUCUUGAGGAUACUAUAUCUAUAAAUCAUAACUGGUUGAACGGUUGUAAUGUUGAUAUAAGUUGGAACUACCUAAAACAGGGACUUAUAGACGUAGAACAGGAAAUACAAGAUGUGAAAGAGGCUAAAAUGGUAGAUGGAGACUGGUACCAGCAUUGUCAGAUAAUGUUGAAAGCUGACAAAGGAAUAAACUAUCCAGAAUUCUUUGAUUUCAUGAAAACAAUUAUUCUACCAAGGAUUGAAAUAUUAAAACAACAGACUAAAUCAACUGAUUCAGUAGAAAAUGAACUUGAAACCAGUCAUAUGGAUACCAGAUUGUCAAUCAAAGGGGACAUAACUCAAACAUUAACAACAACUCAUUGGUUGAAUAAGGACUGUAUUCUGUUUGAUAUUCAUAGAGUUAAAUAUAUUUUAGAAGAUAUGUUGAAAAAUGAGGAGUUUGCAAAUUAUAACAAGGAGGUUAAUGGUCAACAUAUAAUGCAGAUAGAGGAAUUAUUAAGCACUAUUAACCAAUCUAUAGAAUAUUCUGACCUUGACAUGUAA